ACAGCCCGAUGGAGUGGGACCAUACCAGAGUGUCAAAAAAAGAAGUGCGAUAGCAUGGAGGUGUGGCGUGGCGGUGGAAUAGUUCGAUUACUGAACGAGACAGCUGAAUUUGGCAAUGAGAUUCAAUAUGAAUGUCUCAAUGGAUGGAAACUGAUAGGCGAAGAAAGGAGGCGGUGCAUGCAUGAUGGUACCUGGAGCGGCGUAGCUCCCUACUGCAAAGUAGUGGACUGUGAAGCUCCGCCCACCAUUCCAAAUGGACGAGUUUCCGUGUCGACAACGACAUUCGACUCACAGGCAAAUUAUUCGUGUAUGGAGGGGUAUCGACUUAUUGGUCACGACAAGGUUACCUGUGCUGCUAAGGGAAUGUGGGAACCCGCUGUUCCUAUCUGUUACGAUAUUGCUACAUUACGAGAGCUAAGAGCCAACUCUACGGAGAGUCAUGCUGGACUCGCUGCUUUGGGUGUCGUACUCGCAUUUAUACUCGUCUUCGUCGUAUUUCGAUUUUCGAAAACAACGAAAACGCCUCCACCUCCGAGCUCCACUCCUUCUAACCUGAUCUACGUAACGCCGUCGAUGUUGACCAAUCCACAGGAUUCGGUGGUUUAUUAUGCAUCAUCCAACAUGCCUUUUACAAAAAUGGAAAUUCCCCCACAUCUACUAUCGUUGAAGCAUUUACCCAAUGGCAAUAUUGAAGCCACGUUGCCCAUCGGGCGCCAAUUUGUUCGACCACAACUGCCAGUCUUCUCAUCCUCGCCGACACCGUCUCAACUGCUUUACACAUUCGACUAUGAGCCAAUCUAUGACUUUCCACCAGAUGUCCAACGACGACCAGAAGUUGAUCAUGAAGAAAACAUUUACGAAAAGCUAGCAGACGUCAAACCCGACCCAUAA